AUGGCAUCCAGUUUGACAUGCACCGGGGUGAUUUGGGCACUCCUGUCUUUCCUCUGUGCCGGAGCUUCUUGUGUUGGGUUUUUCAUGCCUUAUUGGCUCUUGGGCUCUCAGUUGGAUAAGCCAGUAUCAUUUGGGACCUUCCGAAGAUGUUCUUACCCUGUUCGAGAUGAAAGCCGCCAGACCACGGUGAUGGUAGAACAGUGUGGCCGCUAUGCCUCUUUCCAGGCCAUACCAAGCCCCGAGUGGCGGAUCUGCACUGUGGUUACUGGACUUGGAUGUGGUCUUCUUCUUCUGGUGGCACUCACCGCCAUCAUGGGAUGUUGUGUCUCAGAGCUUAUCUCCAGGACUGUGGGGAGAGUGGCUGGUGGAAUACAGUUUCUCGGAGGUAAGUUGACUGUUAUUUUGUCUUCACUUCUGAUGUCUAUAACAUUAAAAUAA